AUGUCACAGUCGAAAGCAGGGCUCUCACAUGGCUCCUUUAUAAGUCAUGAUAAUCAGCAGGAUUCAGGAGACAAUUUGUUAACGGCUUUGGUUUCUGGCUGCACAGCAGCAGCUUUCACAGCAACUGUUACUUACCCGUUUGAUUUUAUUAAAACCCAACAACAAAUGAACAACGACGCGUAUAUGAAAAAGUUCAAGAUUCCUGGAAACUAUCCUAGUACGUUAGGUCAGCUUUAUAAAGGUGGAAGUGCUUUGGUUUUAGGGAGUAUUAUGAAGAAUGGAACCAGAUUGAUAUCUUACAAUUGGGCAACAAAAUUUAUGGCCAUUGAUUCGCAUCAUGGACAAACUAAUAAGACCACUGCACCUAGAAUUGUUAUUGCUGGUAUCAUGAGUGCCACUAUAGAAACCGCGUGGCUUGUACCAUUUGAGAAUAUAAAAAUUACCAUGAUCCAAAAUCAAUCUUUGAAAAAUGAACUUUUAAGAACAAAAGAUAUUGGCUAUGACAUUACUGGCCAUAAGGUUGGCCAUGGCCAUGGUCAGCACCAUAGCAACCCCAAACAGAGUAAGCCAAUAUUUGCCAAACAAUAUUGCUCACCGAACGCAUAUUACACGGCAGAAAUAAUUGAUCAAAAAGUCAAAAACAAGACGAGAUUUGCUCCUCCCAAAUCGAAAUUGUUGAACCAAAUUGAAUCGUUAAAAGCUUACUACAACCAGCAUCCAUCUUUAACAUUGUUUGGUACAGUGAAGGAAAUAUAUCGCCUCAAGGGCAUUAGAGGGUUUAUGGCUGGUACAUUCAUUACUUACACCAGACAGAUUGCCAUAUCAUGGGUAUGGUUUUCGUCAUAUAAUGCUGUUCGCCAGCUCGUCAAUCCUCAGCUGUCCGAAAACGCAUGGUUUGGACAGAAGCACACGGCAAUUCAGCUGAUAGCAUUGCACAUUUUCUCUUCACUAGCUGUAAUAACAGUUACCCAGCCGUUGGAUGUUAUCAAAACCCACUUGCAGCUGAAAAACGGGAAAUCUAUUUAUAGAGAUUCUUUGUCUACAGCAUACAAGAUAUUUGUGAACCAGGGGCCAUUGGCCAUGUUUAAGGGAGCUCUACCAAGAUUUGUGAAGGUCUUGAUUAGCGGAGGUAUGACAGCUACUGUCUAUGAAUACGUUGAAAACAUAGUUAACGCGGCUGGUGGCCAAAAGAUGUUUAGAGACGAAUAG